AUGCCAAGUCAGAAUUGCUUCACGAAUUCAAACGGGGCAUACGACAACCCAAAGUCAACCCGUAGGAGUAUUUUCAAGGUACGCACAGGUUGCAUCACCUGCAAGACGCGACAUAUCAAAUGCGAUGAGACAAAGCCACACUGCAAUAAUUGUCUGCGGAGCCGCCGACUUUGCGAGGGUUAUAUCAACAACUUGAAGAAACCUUCUGGUCCGGUCCAGAUCUGCUGGGACUCCAAGCGCAAUGUUCAUCGCUCUGCCCCAAGGUCCAAUUUGCAGCCGACUGUGCGUGCUAACGACUUCCAUGAUGGCGUGGUCCGAGGCCCUUGGAUCUCAGCGGUGUCCAACGCAGAAUUAUGGCAAGCGACUCUGCCCCAGCUUUCUCGGACCAACGACACGCUCAGGUGUAUCGCAAUAGGAAUUGGGGCACUGAGUAUUAACCAUCACUGUGAAUUCUCCCAUCCUUGUAAGCGAUUGAUGCUUCCUAGCCCGAACUUCGAGAACGAUACGCAUUAUCAAAAUGCCGUGCGGUAUUACUGCCGUGCGCUUAAGCUCCUGAGUGACAGCAGUUCCGUUCAGGACGUGGUCUCUAGUUCGGUACUGCUCCUAUUUUUCGAAAUCCUCCGGGGUAACAGGAAGACGGCGUUGAACCACCUCAACCAUGGCCUAUCGCUAUUGUUAACCCUGUUGACGGAUGACACGCACAACUAUCUACACGUUGUCGCACCAAACCCGAAACCUUUUCUUUUUUCACUUACCAGCAUCUUUGCAUGUUUGGCACCGCAGGCCCGCUUCCUUCUCCUGGCCUCUGUAGGUCAAGAUCGGCCCCUGCCGAAUUUCAUUAGAGGCCUCGAGAGCAAGGGCUUGACUUUGGAGUCGUUCAUAGUUCUGCUGGGCCGGCUAUCACGACGCACUGCGACCAUUGACUGCCCAUCUACGUUUAGCAAUCUCGACGAGUUUGAAGAGCAUUGGUGGAAUGUUCGGAUUAACAACUCCGCAGUGGGCUCGAUGGCGGUAAGGAUUGUACAGGACUCGGGUAUUUUGGGCUCCAAAGAGGGAGACGCCAUCAACGCGUUUUACUGCGAUCUUCUACUUAACCCAGAGAUUCAAGAGUUUUGCGAACUUUCGAGGAAGGCUAUGGAUACGCUGAGCGCGGCAUCGCUUCCGCUGUUCAACAAAAUAUUCAUGUCCGACACUCAAUCUUCGACAUAUCUAAGGGCUAUCCAUCUACGAUUGCAGUUUCUCCAGGUGUAUGCUUUCGAAAACCCACCACAAUAUUCCAGCGCGGAGACCUUACACUCGCAAACUCCUUUGUUCCGUGAAUACUUGUCUCUAGCCCGCAUUGCGUUGCAGAUUGCCCAACGGAAAGUCUCAAAUUCUCACUGCUACAUUUCCCUAGAAUGUGGAAUUGCGUGGCAUCUGCUACUUGUGGCCUUCUUCUGUCGUGACCCGUUAACUCGCGAUGAAGCCGUACAGAUACUGAAAGACUAUCCCUGCCAAGACGGACUAUGGAAUGUACAGUCUCUCUACAUCUUGGCCCUAAAGAGCCAGGAUGUAGAACGUGCAAAUGCAGUCGAAGGCACAUCAACAGAGCAGUGGCACAGACUAUGGCGUCGUGAGUACGUUUUCGAAGACGGUGGCAAUCGAAUCGUAUUUCGCUAUCAAGAUAGGUCUGACGCCACGGGGCAUUGGCAAACGGUAGAAGAGGUUGCUGAGAUUGCAGGCGGGGCAGAUGACAUAAAUUGGAUACGACGACCUCUGACGGGUUUCGGAGCUUUGACUAUGGGGGAUCUGGUUACCCAUCAGACUGGCACUGGAGGCCACCUAACUUAA